AUGGCCUCCUUCCUCGAAGCCACCUGGUCUGAUUCCACCGUGGCUUCCUCCUCUUUCUCCAACCCAGAACCAUCUGGUCCAACGGUACUGGCGAGGACAAAGCACCAACCAAAUGGGCUGAAAUUUGUCUCAACGCCAGCACUUGCACCAACAGUGUGCCACAAUUGCACUCCAACGGCCACCCUUCCCAACCACGAGAGAUUCUCGUUGGAAGGAUGGAUUUCCACCUUCUCUAAAGUCGGGUUGCACAGCUUCCUCCAUAAGGUGUACGAUAUGGAGACCACGUCAUGGUAUUACAUUUUAUACUAUCAGGGCGAUAUCGCCCGUUCGACACUCUCAGACGAGGGGAGACAGUUUCUUGAGACAGUUCACCCCCGGAAUUUGGUUUUUGAGAAGACUUCGCUGCAAGAAGGACGCCGUGGAGAAAUGAGAGUUGAAUUCUGGCCGACGAGCUCCCGAGGGUUGUUGAGCUGUCACUAUCGGUGUCUGUGGCGGAUCCCAGCGGCGGAUUUGAAGAUGUGGGAGGACGGAGACGACGGUGAACGGGGGCACAUGUUCCGAGACUCCGGAUAUAACUCAGAUUAUACCGGACAUUUUAAAAAAGGCGAUCUGAAGGAGAGCAGGGGGGGUGGAGGAAUCCGAGGCACGGAGAGUGGGCAGCAUAACGCGCUGAACUAUGAGGACGAGGAGGAAAAGGGAGGUGAAGACGAGGAUAUGGGGUUAGACACAGAUCAGGUCGACGGCAAACACUCCUCCUCGAUCGAGCGCGCCUUCCCUGUGGCCUUACGAGCCAUCCUCUGGGGCCGCCCCUCGUUAACAGGGGAAUAUUACACUACGUGCACCAGAGACAGUGCCGAAUACCUCUUUCGGUGGGAAGUCGAGAACGACGCUGCAAAGAUUCGAGCAAUCAGGCUGGCACGACGAAAAGCAGAAUGUUCCGACAGGUCAGAAGAGGGGCUCGUGAGCACCAGGCGCGAACAACAGCUGGUGCAGUUACUGGACGACGUGGUGGUGCGUCACCCUUUUCAAUACAGCAACCUGAAAGAGACGUUAUGGAGAUACCUAUGA